UUUAUGGAAUCACCAAGAAUCAUGCCACGUGUCUAAUUUAGGUUGGCUCUGCAAUUCGUAAAUCGAAAGAGGCCCAUAAGGCUUCAUACUUUCUGGGCCUCUCUUCGCGGCCGUUUCGAGUUCUAAAUUACGCCGGAUGGGGAAUAUCGUGCACGCGAAGAAGAAGGGCGUAUAUUAACAAACAAGCAGGCGAAAGCAAAAGACAAAUUAAAAAUCCGGGGAGGCGUACUUUAGCCGUCCGCCAUUUCCAUCGCUCUCUCUUUCUCGUUCUUCUCUCUGCUCAUCACUAUAACGACGGCCUCUCUCAUCUGCAUCAUUUGAUCUGAUUUGAUGGCAGCACCACCUGCUAGGGCUAGAGCUGAUUACGAUUACCUCAUCAAGCUUCUCCUUAUCGGUGACAGCGGUGUUGGUAAAAGUUGUUUGCUUUUGAGGUUCUCUGAUGGCUCUUUCACCACUAGCUUCAUCACCACCAUUGGGAUUGAUUUUAAGAUAAGAACUAUUGAGCUUGAUGGCAAACGCAUCAAGCUCCAGAUUUGGGAUACUGCUGGUCAAGAACGUUUUCGAACCAUCACCACUGUUUACUUAACGUUAUGGCUGAUGCUGGUGAAACCUGAUAGGCCUCUUUUGUUGACGUCCUUUUAUGCUUUUGCAGCUUAUUACCGAGGGGCAAUGGGCAUUUUGCUGGUGUAUGAUGUCACUGACGAGUCAUCCUUCAACAACAUUAGGAACUGGAUUCGUAACAUUGAACAACACGCUUCGGAUAAUGUCAACAAGAUCUUGGUAGGCAACAAGGCCGAUAUGGACGAGAGCAAUAGGGCUGUACCAAAAGCAAAGGGUCAAGCACUUGCUGAUGAAUAUGGGAUCAAGUUCUUUGAAACAAGUACCAAAACAAAUCUAAAUGUCGAAGAAGUUUUCUUCUCGAUAGCAAAGGACAUUAAGCAGAGACUCUCAGAUACCGACUCCAGGGCAGAGCCUUCGACGAUUAAGAUCGGCCAAACAGAACAGGCAGCUGGAGCUGGUCAGGCUACGCAAAAGUCUGCAUACUGUGGAACUUAAAAAGUCCCAAAAUUUCUGAAGGUGAAAAAGAAAAACAGAUUGAUCUUGGGUGCUUUUGUAGUUCUUUUUACUUUGAUGAUUUGGGUUUAAGUUGGCAUUCUUAGCUUGUUUAUGAUGGUAAUAGAAUCUUGAAGAAAUCGUUCGUUCGUUCUCAGAUAGAUUCGAUCUCUGAAGUUGAUUCUAUGGCAAAAUUGUUAAAACUCAAAUCUCGUUAUUGUCUUUUGCUUUCGCUGUUA